AUGUCUGAAAUAUCAAAUAAAACAGGAAAUAUAAAUCAUGAAAAUGGUCAGGUCAAAAAAAUGGGAAGAUCAGUGGAUGAACAGCAUUUGGCUUUACGAAAAUCAUAUUCUUCCAAAACUCUAUUUCAACAAAUCGCAUGGAGAAGUUUAGAUAAUUCUAGACGACAAAAAAACAUGCUAACUGGGGAUUAUGCGGAACCGCUUUGGGCAAUGGUUUUAGAUAAGAAAAUGGAAAUAAAUCAUAUACCAGUUAGAACAUUUCGAUUACCAUAA